CUGAGACUGUCAGCUCAUCUCACAUAACGUGCGCACGUCAGUCACCUCCUUCGAGCAGCAACAGAUAGGAGAGGUCAAGUGGUACUCUCUGCCAUUUCACCUUCGCCUCUCCUACGUGUCGUGCUCCUAUCCCUCGGACCGCGUAACUCGCGCCCAACUCGGACACGCCAGAUGUUCUCUGCUAAUCAGGAGUCAUGCCAUGAUUUUGCUUGUUUGCGCCGACUUAUUCAGUUUCCUGUCGCCAAGGUCGCCGUUGACCCUGACUCGACAGCAAAAAUCCUAGGAUUUUGAUUGAUUUCGCCUGACAGUCUCUUGUUUACCCAUCCCUGUAAACCAGACUGUGGACGUCACCAUGUCCAAGAGCACUUCAUGGAGCGGUACACCCUCCAUUAAGGGUUCCACCGAGGCCAUACGGAUGUGCCUGCUCACGUUCUCUUUGAUCGGUAUACAAUUCACGUGGGGCAUUGAGAUGACUUAUGGCACACCCUACCUCCUCCAACUUGGAUUGACCAAGUCCAAGACCUCGCUGGUCUGGAUCGCGGGCCCGCUCUCAGGCCUUAUCAUGCAGCCCGUGGUUGGCGCAUACGCAGACAGAUCAACCUCUAAAUACGGCCGGCGAAGACCCUACAUGAUUGUCGGAGCAGCCAUCACUGGUGCUGGAUUGCUUUUUUUGGGUUGGACCACCGAGAUCGUUGGGAUUUUUCUAUCUGAAGGACAGACCAAGAAAGACGUCACACUGAUGUUGGCUGUUCUGUGCAUCUAUGCUCUCGAUUUCUCCGUCAAUGCUGUUCAAGCUUGCGCUCGCAGUCUGAUAGUGGAUACUUUGCCCAUCUCGCAACAGCAAACCGGCUCCGCCUGGGCCUCCAGGUUGACGGCCGCGGGCCAUUUACUGGGCUACUUUAUCGGGAGUUUCGAUCUUGCUGCCAUUUUCCCGAAUUGGUUGGGCGGCGACACCCAGUUCAAAAAGAUGACUGUCAUAUCAGCCUCGGCCUUGUGGAUUACGGUUGGACUGACAAGCUGGGCUGUGACUGAGAGGAUUCGCCUUUCUGGUGAUGAGGACGAAAUGAGUGUCACUGACGUGUUGAAGAGCCUAUUGCGUCGCACCUUAAACCUCCCACCACGGAUCCAGGCUAUCUGUUGGGUUCAAUUCUGGAACUGGGUAGGAUGGUUUCCUUUUCUGUUUUACUCGUCCACAUUUGUCGGCGAAAUUUAUUACCGCUAUGAACACCCACCUCCUGAACCAGGAUCGAAGGACGACCACGAUGCCUUGGGCAACAUUGGCCGUUUAGGCAGCAUGGCCCUUGUAAUCUUUUCCCUCAUCACUUUCUGCUCCUCUGUCCUAUUACCCUACCUCAUCCAGUCACCCGUAUCGUCCAGUGAAAAGUUCACCCCCCGGCCACCGCCUGCAUUCACUCAGUCGAUUCAAACACUCGUGGUCAAGCUCUCCUCCCUCCAACCAGACUUGACGACUGCGUGGAUGUUGAGUAACCUGUUCUUCGCCUUCAUCACCAUCUUCGCGCCUUGGCUUCGAAGUUUGCACGCUGCCACGGCUCUCGUAGCCUUGUGCGGUAUUCCAUGGGCGAUCUCUUGCUGGGCACCAUUUGGUCUACUAGGUGUAGAAAUCAACAAGAUGUCUUCUGCCGGGGCCCAUUCUUCGAUCAAUGGCUCCGUGGCUCCAGGAUACACUGCCGUCCGGGGGAGUAUCGAGGAUGACUAUGAGCAUCGAACAGAACUCGAGAUGGAAGAGAGCGGAGUCGGUGGGAACUCGCUGCCACACUACCAGCAGCAUCGUCGUAUCGUGUCGGACGGGGUACUUCGGAUCCAUCAUCCAGACGACGACUCGGACGCCCACUCGUCUACUGGUGAACUGGCGGGAAUCUAUCUUGGGGUUUUGAACGUGUACACAACCUUACCACAGUUUGUUGGUACCUUUAUCAGCUGGGUGGUCUUCUCUAUCCUCGAACCCAGCAAAGCCGACCAAGCUCCCGGGGGCGAUGGGGCUGACAUAGACGAUCCAGAUCACCACAGAUGGCUGAACCUAACCAAAGACGCGCCAAACGCAAUCGCUGUGUGUAUGUUUGUUGGCGCGCUCUGCAGUAUAGUGGGGGCAGAGGCCGCGAGGAGGCUGAGAAAGAUGGAGUCAUCAUGAGCGGUCAGGUCAGUCCAUACCAGUUGGAUUAUUGCCGACUCCCUAAUUUCUGGUGAGUCUGCCUAUGCGGCGGUGGCGGUGACCGCUGCCAGGUUGUUGAGACGAUUUGUAUGAUUAUGUCAGGGCCGUAUGUCGGACUAUUGUAAGAUAGAGCACGCUGCGAGAAAAGAUACCCUGAGAAGAGAUGAGAAGCCUAAUUAGCACGAGUCACUGUGACCUAGACACUGAGUCGGGGUAGUACAACAGCAAGACACAUGGUGUUUUUUUAGUUUGAAAUUUCUUUUCGAUUCAAGUCAGG